UAAGUCCUAUUCAUGGCUAUUCCUAUUUGUGUGAGUCAUUAAUGUAUUUUAGCAUACAGUAUGUACUUAACCUUUUAAAAUAAAUGUUUUUUUGUGUACAGUUAAUAUCCAGCAAAUUACAGAAUUCAGUUCAGAGACUCAUGAUGCCAUCACCUCCAUGGUCGCCAUGGCUCCAGGCACUGUUACCGUGGUACAACAGGUGGCAGAUGAGCAGGAAGUCGGUAACUGCAGUAAUCAGCUGAUGGUGGUGAACGCAGACGGGGGUCUAACCGGCAACCAGGUGAUGGUGGUGGAGGAGGCACACGGCCUGGAGGCUCUGACAGUCCUCACUCAGGGAGAAAACACUCACCACUACAUUGUCUAUGUCCAGGAACACACUGUAGAAAUCAACUAGUACUGCUAGAACUUUAACAUACAACUGCUGAUCAGUCAGUAGAUGAGUUUACAAAAGUAAAAUAAAAUACCAGUAAGCAAUAAAAUCAGGAUUUAGUGAAUGUUGACCUGUCAUCAUAAGGAGUAUUCUUCAAAUGUAUUUUUAGUCAUGUAGUAAUUAUGAAAAAUAUAAGUGCAAUACUUGAUUGUGUGAUUAUGUGACAUAUUUUGUACUUACAAAGUAUAUUUAAAU